AUGAAGCGUCGCUUAGGAGAAUCCUUUUCAAAGCUGUUCGCAAACCCGUCGCAUAGUAUUCGCGAAGCAUGCGACCAAUUCGGACGGCUUGCAGCGUCUGUCACGAUUACUGCUACAGUCCUGUCAUCUGCCAUGCCGGCAUACGCUGGUGCGGUGGUGGCACCGCCACGUAAGCUUAUGGCGGAUGAGCUGGCGACUGUGAAGCUGUUCAAUGACAACACCGCGUCCGUCGUGUACAUAACGAACCUCGCCACUAGGAAGGACGCGUUCACACUGGAUGUGAUGCAGGUGCCUCAGGGGACAGGGUCAGGCUUCUUAUGGGACACGGAAGGCCAUGUGGUUACCAACUUCCACGUCAUCAGGCGCGCCACUGACCUCAGAGUGACCUUAUCGGACCAGUCAGUGUACGAGGCGACAGUGGUGGGAGCGGAUCCCAACAAGGACGUGGCAGUGCUGCACAUUGAUGCGCCCCCUGAGAAGCUAAGACCGCUGCCUGUAGGCUCCUCCUCGGACCUGCUGGUCGGCCAGAAGGUCUUCGCCAUCGGCAACCCCUUCGGACUGGACCACACACUCACAACAGGAGUCAUCAGUGGAUUGCAGCGCGAAAUAACAUCAGUAACGCGACGCCCCAUUCAGGACGUGAUUCAGACUGAUGCUGCCAUCAACCCUGGCAACAGCGGAGGGCCUCUCCUCGACUCCAGCGGCACCCUCAUCGGCAUCAACACCGCUAUUUAUUCGCCAUCUGGCGCAUCCUCAGGCGUUGGAUUCGCUAUCCCUGUAGACACAGUGAGUGGCAUCGUGGAGCAGAUCAUAGAGUACGGGCAGGUGACACGGCCGGCGCUCAACCUGGCCUUUGCACCGGAGCAGCUGGUGGAUCAGCUCGGCAUCUCGGGGGUGCUCGUGCUGGAAGUCAACCCCAACGGCGCUGCUGCCAAGGCUGGCCUGCGCCCAACGUCACGAGACAGCUUUGGGCGGCUAAUGCUGGGGGACAUCAUCACGGCCAUUGAUGGCAAGCCCAUCUAUUCCGGCUCGGACCUCUACAAGAUCCUGGACAAGUGCCAAGUUGGCCAGACCGUUGAUGUACAGCUGCUGAGAGGAAACGAGGAAGUUGUUGUGCCCGUCACUCUGGACGGGCUCAGCGGGUGA